UCGUAGUUCGCGCUUGCGCUCUCGCCGGGACUCCUCCUCCCAGACGUCCCUGCGCGUCGUCCUCCUCGCCCUCCAGGCCGCCCGCGCCGCGCCGGAGUCCGCUGUCCGCCAGCUACCCGCUUCCUGCCGCCCGCCGCCCGCCGCUGCCAUGCUGCCCGCCGCGCUGCUCCGCCGCCCGGGACUUGGCCGCCUCGUCCGCCACGCCCGUGCCUAUGCCGAGGCCGCCGCCGCCCCGGCUGCCGCCUCUGGCCCCAACCAGAUGUCCUUCACCUUCGCCUCUCCCACGCAGGUGUUCUUCAACGGUGCCAACGUCCGGCAGGUGGACGUGCCCACGCUGACCGGAGCCUUCGGCAUCCUGGCGGCCCACGUGCCUACGCUGCAGGUCCUGCGGCCGGGGCUGGUCGUAGUGCAUGCAGAGGACGGCACCACCUCCAAAUACUUUGUGAGCAGCGGUUCCGUCGCAGUGAACGCCGACUCUUCGGUGCAGUUGUUGGCCGAAGAGGCCGUGACGCUGGACAUGUUGGACCUGGGGGCAGCCAAGGCGAACUUGGAGAAGGCCCAGGCGGAGCUGGUGGGGACAGCGGACGAGGCCACGCGGGCAGAGAUCCAGAUCCGAAUCGAGGCCAGCGAGGCCCUGGUGAAGGCCCUGGAGUAGGCGAUCUCCCCAGCCUGACGGGCCGCAUACCAUCCCCUCUGCCCUGCAAGCCAGCCGCCAAGGUUGACCUCAGCUUCGGAGCCACCUCUGGAUGAACUGCCCCCAGCCCCCGCCCCAUUAAAGACCCGGAAGCCUGA